AUGGAUCAGACGCCAGCGAUGUGCCACGUGGCGACGUUGACGCCGGUGAUGCCUACGUUGUCGGCGGCGUUACGCUCGCGUGCGCCGCAGUUGGUGUUUGCAUCGAGUGUGAGCGAGUGGUUGUGCAGCGACACGAGCUGGUUGUUGGGUGCUUUGGCGCAGAAGAGUCAUCCGAGUGUGCAAACGCGGCGGAUGGUGACGCAUUUGAUUUUGUUGGCUGCUCGUUUCGCUAAGUGGUCGAGACUGAAGGCAGCGGCGCCGGCGCAGGAGAUACCGGCAGAGCACAGCGCGUUGGGUGACCUGUACCGGGCGGGCGACAGUAGUUGUUUGGCUGGCUGCAUGCCCCAUCCGGGGCGCGAGCUCAAGUCGAUAAUUUGCGAGAAGGACCGCCGUUACGUGCUUUCGUCUGAGAUCGUCGGCGAGGUGCUCAGCCGCCACGCUGCGGCAAUGACCCUGGAGGAAUACAAACACCAUACUACCCCGCUCUGUCGGACUGUGGCGAAUGCCGAGGGACAGGGAUGCUGGGACGGCAGCAUGCUCAUGCGCUCAUGUCUGCAGGGCGUGCUCGAGACCCCGUUCCCCGUCUGGCCGCCAUCCGCGUGCGCGCAGGAGGAGCUGAGUGAGGAGGAGUUCGACUCGGGCGUUUUUCUGUCGGCGAUGUUGCAUAUGCAGGCGCGACUGUACGGGUUGCAGAACGCCCUGGAAGUCCCGGCGACCAUUUACAAGUUCCUCUACCUCUUUUCCAAGGGCGCUUCUGUCUGGACGUUUAGCGACGCCCUCAAGCCCGCUGUGCCCGAGGUCGGGUCCACAGUGAUCCAGGUGCAGCGCGGUCUGAAUCUGGUGCGACAUGCCGCGGCGUCUGCGGGUCUGUUUCCGGCCAGUCCGAGCGUGCCGCCGCCUACCGAGGGGACGCGGGAGGGUUACGAACUGAGUCGGUUGGCGUUGGCGCAGUCGACAUUGGGACAGUUGACGCAGGCGAUUGCCUCGGUGCGUAACCCGCUGGACCUCUGUGGCAACGAUCGGCCGAUGAAGUUGAUUCUGCAGGGUGAGGGUGCUGAAGACCUGGGCGGGCCGUUUUUGGAGGCGGUGAGCGAGGCUAUAGCGUUGUUUGAGGAGGUCUUCUUGACCCAGAACCCGAACGCGGAAGCGGAGAUGGCAUUGAACCAGGACAUUAAUAUCGUGUUGCCUUGCUUGUCUGACUGCUUCGACGCGCAUACCUUCUCCUGGCCCGGCGGAUUACCGCAACGGCUCUGGGAGUCGCGCGCGAACCGGAUCCGGAUGCGUUUUACGGAGAAGGUGUAUUCGACGCCGCCGGUGGUGAACUUGAGUGAGUUGAUUACGUCCUUCAGCACCUUGCUGGAACAGAAGAUGAACACGGAGCGGCAGCUGGCGAUGUACUCGGUCCCCUUGUCUCAGAUUGCGUUGCACGACGUGGACAGCGCCCGCAUUUUAUGCGGGCUGGGCAUGCUAUUGGCGGCGUGCUGUCAGAGCGGCAACCCGGUACACGUUUCGAUGCACCCGGCCGUCUGGCGACUGAUUGCGGGCGAGAACAUUACGUGGAUCGAUUGUUUGGCUAUCGAAACCUCGGAGCUGCUCAAAGUGGAGCAGUGGACCAUGGCCAUCAAUCAGGCUGAGGGCGUCUUGCUCACGGGUUCCGGUGACCUCGAGGACCAGCGCGGCACGCUGUCAUUACGGGCCAGCGUGGGCGACGUGACGCCAUCUGUCCGGGCGGGCGCGUUCCGGAGUGCGACGCCACUCAAGUCGCUGCUGGAGAACGCCGCGUUCCCCUUCACCGGCAAUGGGCCUGGCGAGGACUCGGUGCGGCCGCAGACGGGAGUGGAUGAGGUGGUGGAUUUGUGGGAAGGACUGUCUCUGGACUUUUGGGAGCUGGAGACGCAAAAGGGGAGCGAGUUGGUGCCCAGGUCGGUUGCCCAGGUCUUAACGGCGCUGUUCAACGUGCUGAAGUUCGUGCUCAUGAGUCGACUGGAGUGUUACCAGAGCAAGGCCGGUUCGUCGGCACUAGCGGAACGCGGAAGCGAACGCGGAGGCGAACGUCGGGCGGUGAGUGUGGAGAAAUAUCUGCCGCCACGGUUGCAGGUUCUGAUGUUCCCGGACGCUUCCGGAAUGGUGCCGGUUGAUCGAGUCUUCGGCAAUGUGUGCGAUCGCGAGAUUAUGUACUUGAUGAAGCAGUUGCUGUCUUUGCACUUGGCCAUAGAACGGCAGCGAAGGACCACCCGGCGGCUGGUCGCCUUGAGGUUCCUGAAGGCCGGCUUCCACCGAGUAAUUCCCGCACUUCUAACUAAAACUUUUACGCGAGCACGCGACGUCGAGAUUGCGACUUGCGGAUAUCCUGUAAUCGACGUUGAGAUCCUGAAGGAGCACGUGCGAGUAGAGUUCCCCGGAGAUCAGCUGGACGAGACGGAAGCCCGGAGAAUGGCGCAAGUUGUGCUCUGGCUGUUCGAAAUUCUCGCUGACGCUGACCAGACCACUCGACGGCUGUUCAUGCGGUUCGUGACGGGACUCUCCAGACUGCCUUUGGGCUGGAUCGAUCCCCGAGCCACUCAGUCUCACCCCCCUUGUUUGUUCUGCCGCAUCCUUCGGCCCCAUGAAAUUCUGGAAAACGGAACAACCCUCACUCAAUCGCAAGUUGACCAAAGAUUACCCACCGCUACCACCUGCUUCCAAAUUCUGAAGCUGCCACUAUAUUCGUCAAAAGAAGUUUUGAAAGAUAGGCUCCUGACGGCGCUCAUAACCUGUUGCGAUAUCGAUCUCGAUGGCGACGUGGAUGAUUAG